AAAUAUAGCUUUUUCAGCAAACAACACACAAAAUGAUUAGUCAUAAUCAAAGCAUUCAACAAGAAAAUAUUAAAAACAGUAAGUGAACUCCUUUCUUCAUGUCUAAAUUCUAGUAACAUCCUUGAAUUUAGCUUAGUCAUAAUUUGUAAUACAAGUAUCCUACUGUCUUCCAAUCCAUCAAUUGGAUUAAACCAUUUGCUGAGCUGUUAUUUAAUUCCUAGUCAUUAUUAAACAAGAAGCUAGCCUUGCACAUUAUAAGAUAAGAGUGUUAUCUCUUAUAUUAUAAAUAGUCCUCAAGUUAAUUUAAUUUCAACAAAUAUAUAUAUAUUUUUUCAUAUGAGACAUUCUUUAAAGAUGACUACUCAUCAUGUGGAAAAUAAUAAUCAAGAACAAGAUCAAGUAGCAUGUGAAGAGAUUCUAGAGAAUGUUUGGGCAAACUUCAUAUCCAAGAAUGAUCAAAAUUCUCAAAAGGUGACAAAUGAAUAUUGUUGUGAACAAUAUUGGGAACAACUUCCAAUUCUUGAAAGAUUACCAAGCUUAGGAAGAUGGAUAUCAAUGGGAGCUGAAACUUGGGAAGAUAUUCUCAAUGGAAUUAUUAUUCCUUCUCAUAACAACGAAAAUUCAAACGACGAAUCAACAUGCAAAGAUGUUGUCAACGUUGAGAAGAAGGAGGAGAAGAAGAAGAUGGUGCAUUAUAGAGGGGUAAGAAGGAGGCCAUGGGGAAAAUACGCGGCUGAGAUAAGGGAUUCAUCAAGAAAAGGAGCUAGGGUUUGGCUAGGGACAUUUAGUACUGCUGAAGAAGCUGCUAUGGCUUAUGACAAGGCGGCUUUGAGAAUUAGAGGUCCCAAGGCCUAUCUUAAUUUUCCACAUGAAAUGGUUGCUCAAGCUAUAGGAAUAUCUAAUGGUCCUUGUGAAAAAGAAUGGACCUUUUCAUCAUCAAGUCAAUAUAAUUCAAGGAAAAGGGUAUCAAGGGAUUGGAACAUGUAUGAAAAUUUGGAUGAAAUUAAUCAAUUGCCUAUGGAGAAGAAAAUUAUGAGAAGCAUGGAGGAGGAUCUUUUUAAUGACUUGGAUAUCCUAGAGUUUGAGGAUCUUGGAAGUGAUUAUUUGGAUAGUUUAUUAUCCUCUUUGUAAUAGAAGAAAUAAUAAGUUUUAGACACAAAAUAUAAUUAGGGAGAUACAAGGUAAGGGAAAUUAAAAUUCUUGGGUAUUAUAUAUGUAUAGGAAUUAAUUAUUGGAUGAAUCAUGAUUUUGUAUAAAAUUAUGUGCCACUUGCUUUUAA